AUGUACGAAAGCAUGUGCUCCAUAAUUGACGGCAUCCCUGGACGACGUGUCCUCCCUGUAAGCUCCCAGUCCAGCGGGCCUCUCGUGGCAGACAGGAGCGAGGAUCGUCGCCUGCCUCCGCUCCCAUGCGUGGAGCCCUUGCCCCGCGGACCCCUAGACCCGUUCAGUGCCAACGCCUAUGCCUCCAGCGCUUCAAGAUCUCAGUACACCUGCCCAGGUAGAUCGAUACGGUCGGCAGUGGAAAGGCGCGUUGUGGCCAUUAGUUCAUCGGCACGCUCGGCGGAGUGUUCCUUGCAAUCCGACCAAUUCCAGAAGGUGUCCAUGUGGCCGCAAGAGCUUUCCUGUCCUCAAAUUCUGAACCUCAUCGCCCCCACGAACAUCAACCGCAAGCCGCCGUUGCAGCAGCCGUGCGGGCGGAAGCGCAAUGCAAGCACGGCCCCAGCGGGUUUAGGUAACCAAAGGGAAAGGCACAGAAUUGCAGAGGGGAACCGACGGAAGAACCUCAGCCAGCUGCACCGUGAGCUGGACCGUCGCAUUCAUGAUUUCUUCCUGGAGCAAGCCGGUUGGAACCCUUCCAAGGGCCUACCAGAAUCCAAGGAACAUAUCGUUCAAGCUGCCAUCUUUCUCAUUGACUACAUGGCCUGGAUAAUUAAGUACUUACUUCGCCAAGAGAACAAUAUGCCACGCCAGCUGUUGGAGUACCUAGCGCACCCGCUGCAUAUAGCAGCAGCAGCUGGUGUUCAGUCUUCGGGAGCAGAGCCAGACUUCCCAGCAGCAGUUCAGGAGACUUCAGGAAAGCCAGACGUUGAUGGAGCGUAA